AUGAACCAAACACGAGCACAUAUUAUUAUUGAGACAGGGCGGUACUCAAACUUCCACAGGGCUAUAACUUUGUUACUUUAAUUUUACCAGAAAAAUGGUAAAGGAAAAAACAUUUCUUUUGAUCAGAUCUACUCACUGUUAAAAUAAAUGACUCAACUUCGAAGUCACCCUGUAUAACCUGAAAAUUGACGUUUUUGGCAUUGUUAUUGUCGUUCGUUAAAGUUAUUGCAAAAAAUGGAUAAUUUCAAUCAAUUGAUGCGUUCUGCGUAGAAGGUAAUUUUUCUAAAAUGCAACAACUUGACUUUCUUUGGAGAGAUGUAACUUUCAAGAAACAAAAUGAUGUAAUGGUGUCUUGAAAAACAGGUUUAGAUGCCUUUUACGGUACAGGACCCUACAAUAUAGUCCUACAAUAGCAGGAAAAAUUGUUAAUGCAUGUUGUGUUUUACACAAUAUGUGCAUUGAUAAUGGUAUACCUGACCCAGAUGAGCCACAUCCAGAGGUGUCGGACUAUGGCAUUGCACUGUGGAAAAUCUACAGCAAACAAGAGUAGCUGGAAAUCCUGACCUAGCUGCUGCAAGGCAGAUACAGGAGAACAUAAUAUUAAAUCAUUUUAAUGGAUAAAAUAAAUAUCUACA